UCCAGAGUGUCAGUCCCGGUUUUGUUUUCCGGUAUAGUAGAGCUAUCAAAUAGUUAAAACGAUGAAAUUACUCGUUUGUGUUUAUGUACUGGCACUUGCCGGGGGGAGCUAUGCUGGCCGUCCCGGUGCCCAGGAAGUAAUCGAUAAGUUCCGGGCCAUCGUCCCCAGCUACCUGUCAGCGGUGAGCGAAGAUCAGCAGCAGCUGCUCACACUAGAGCGUCAAGGAACGGACGCCAUCGCCCAGUUUCACACCGACAUGAUGCUGGCAAAGGAAACAUUCGUAAUGUCCGUCACACGUCAGGAAGAUGCGCUGAUCGAGCUGAUGAACGCACAGAACCGCUCGGUUGCGGAUGACCAGUGCAUGCAGUUCGUCUCGACGGCACUCAACCAAACGGUCAACGUGAUCGGUGUGGCAUACACGACGUGUAUUAAUGCGGCCGACGAAGCGUUGAGCGCUAACAUUUCCUCCUACUACGGUACGAUCGGUGAGCUGGAGCAAUCGGUCGUCGAUGGACGUUUGCUGGACGUGUUUCGGGGUGAUAAUGUGUUCUACACGCCUGACAGAAUAGUGGCAAAGCUGCGCCAGAAGGAAAGCGAGCUUAAGGCAAACAACAGUUCAACUGCGAUUGGUGAAAUGCGCGAGGAGGUAGCAGCAUUCCAAGCCGACCUGGCCAAGAUCCGCGGGACUUACAUUGGCUGCAUGACGGUGGCCGAAGUAUCCUUUCGCUCGUACAUCGAGCUGGCUCGCUCGCAGCUGGUAAUGAUUUGUGGUGCAUUGUUUUAAGCUAAGCACGCCGUGUGGAUAAAAGAUUUGUUUCACAUUUGACGCGACUUUAAAUAAAGCAGACAAAAGCAGUCUA